ACAACUUAACGUAUGAAUGAGGCGAGCUUGGCUUCACGGGUGGAACAGGAAGAACGGGAAAGGUGGUCUUCAUUCCCAGGCAGCCACAGUUCCAGCUCCAGUUAAAGACAGCUUCGAUCACACUUGGUUUGAGGAUUGGAAGAAGCAGAGGCUGGAAGAUGCAUUGCAGAGGCUGGACGAGUUUGAGAGUCUUCAUAGCAACGUAUACGCCUUGCUCUUGCGGAAGUGUGGUGCGGCCAAGGAUUUGCGUGCUGGGAGGCAUGUCCAUCUUCGCAUCCAGGAGAGGAAUCCAUGCGCGGACGAGACGUUUCUGGCGAACUUGGUGGUGGAGAUGUAUGGGAAGUGUGCCAGUGUUACGGACGCUCUCGUGGUCUUUGACGGGAUCUCGGUAAAGAACGUCUUCUCGUGGACGAUGAUGAUGGCAGCGUAUUCCCAGAACGGGCAUUACCGAGAAGCUCUGGAGCUUUUCACGAGGAUGCAGUGGGAAGGGACGAGACCGGACAAAGUCGUGUUCGUGAUUGCUCUUGACGCAUGCGCAGCUUCUGGAGAGCUGGAUCAUGGACGACAGAUUCACUCUUCGGUGGUGGACAGCGGAUUGACGAGCAACAUCAUUAUCUCCAACUCGCUCGUCAACAUGUAUGGGAAAUGCCAGGACGUGCCUUGUGCCGAGAAAGUUUUCGAUGGGAUGCUGCUGCGAGACGUGGUGUCGUGGACCGCAAUGCUGGCUGUCUACGCUCAAAACGGGUGCUGGAGCCAAGCUCUCCAGUGUUUGUCGAGAAUGGACGCCGAGGGAGUGAAGCCCAACCAAGUAACUUUCGUCACCAUUGUCGACGUUUGUGCCAAGUUGAGGCUGCUGGACCUGGGAAGAAAAAUCCACCACCGCAUCAUCAACGAAGGACUCGAGCCGGAUGGAAUUCUUGGAAAUGCUCUGGUUCACAUGUACGGGAGCUGUGGGAGCUUUGACGACAUGAAGAGCGUCUUUAGCAGGAUGGGACAGAGCAGUGUUCUUCUCUGGACGACCAUGAUCGCCGGUUGUUCUCAAAACGGGCAGUACGAGGAAGGAUUGUUGGUCUUUCGGAAGAUGGACCUCGAAGGUGUCAAGGCCAACGAGGUGACUUACAUGAGCAUGGUGGAAGUUUGCCGGAACUUGGAUGCUGUCAAGGAAGGGGAGAUGAUCGAUGCCCGGAUUUUGGAGAGUCCUUUCUGCUCCAGCACGCUGCUGGCGACGUCGCUCAUCAGUCUGUAUGGCCAGUGUGGAAUUCUCGAUCGAGCAAAAGGCCUGCUCGAGCACAUGUACCAGCGAGAUGUGGUUGCCUGGAACGCAAUGGUAACGGCUUGUGCUCAAAACGGGGAUAACUGGGAAGCGAUUCAUUUGCUGCGAAGGAUGGAUAUGGAAGGCUUCGGUGCCAAUAAGGUGACUUACCUCAGCGUCCUCGAGGCCUGUGCGAACUUGGAGGCUCUCUCACAGGGACGAGAAAUCCACGCGAGAGUACUUCUGUGCGGGCUCUUGCAACGGGAGGUUGCGGUCGGGAAUAGCGUGAUAACCAUGUAUGGAAAGUGUGGACAAACAGAGGCCGCGAUGAGCGUCUUCGAGGCCAUGCCUCGGAAAGACGACGUUUCCUGGAACGCUGUUAUCAACGCAAGCGUAGGCAACUCAAAGUUCCAGGACGCUCUGGAACUUUUCCACGGGAUGGAGCUAGAAGGCUUGAGGAGCAACGAGUUUACGCUGCUCAGCCUCUUGGAAGCGUGCGGCGGCCUGGAAGACUUAAAGCUGGCGAGACAAAUUCACGCGCGAGCUGCUGCUGGAGGCUUCGGUGGUAACAGCACUGCCGUUGGGAACAGCGUCGUCAACAUGUACGCUCGCUGUGGAAGCUUGCUCGACACGAAGAAGGCCUUCGAUUCUCUGGAGGAAAAAGGCCUCGUGGCGUGGAGCAUAAUGCUGGCGGCCUACGCUCAAAGCAAAGAUGGAUCCGGCAGGAGAGCCUUUAAGUUCUUUCAAGAGAUGGAGGCCGAAGGAAUCAAGCCGGGAGAGGUGACUUUCGUGAGUGCUCUCGACGCCUGCGCGGCCAUGGCGACUCUGGAGCACGGAAGAUCCAUGCACAGGCGAGCAGCAGCCAGCGGCUUCGUGGAGACGAGUCUCGUUCUCGGCAACACCAUCAUCAACAUGUAUGGAAAGUGCGGCAGCCCGAGCGACGCAAAGCUGGUCUUCGAUCAAAUGCCGGAGAAGUGCCUCAUCUCGUGGAACUCGCUCAUCGUCGCCUACGCUCACAACGGUCACGCGCUGGAAGCUCUUUCCUCGCUCCAGGAGAUGCUACUCCAAGGCUUCGAUCCCGACAGUGGCACCUCUGUCAGCAUUCUCUACGGGCUCAGCCACGCCGGUUUGCUCGAGCGAGGAGUGGAGCACUUCCGGUCGAGCAUCCAGGACCACGGCUUGGAGCCGAGCUCCGGCCAACUUAAGUGCCUCGUCGACUUGCUGGCUCGCAAAGGCUUUCUCGACGCGGCGGAGGAGCUCAUCCUCGCCUCGCCGGCGUGCCAGGCCGAUACCAUCGCCUGGAUGACGCUCCUGGCGGCGUGCAAGAGCUAUGGCGAUCCGCAGCGCGGGAUCCGGUGUGCCGAGCGUGUUUUCGAGCUGGAGCCACAGCACUCGGGAUCGUUCGUGGUGCUGGCCAACUUGUACGCAUCGGUUGGAAGAUGGAGCGAUGCGUCCAGGAUCCGGAAGAUGAUGGAACGGAUGAGCGUGAAGAAGGAGCCCGGGUGUAGCUGGAUCGAGCUCAGCGGCAGCGUCCACGAGUUCAUCAGUGGCGAAUCCAAGCAUCCAAAGAUCAGGGAGAUUUGCGAGGAGCUGGAGAAGCUCACGCUCCGGAUGAGGGAGGCGGGGUAUGUUCCCGACACGACAAACGUUGUUCACGACGUGGAGGAGGGCGACAAGGAGGAGAUACUGUCCCGGCACAGCGAGAGGCUGGCCAUUGUGUUUGGUCUCAUGUCCACCCGGCCGGGAGAAACGAUCCGGGUGGUGAAGAACUUGCGGGUCUGCUCCGACUGUCACGCUGCGACUAAGAUCAUCUCCAGUGUCGUGGGACGAGAGAUUGUGGUGAGAGACAGCAGCCGCUUCCACCAUUUCAAGCACGGGCAAUGCUCGUGUGGAGACUUCUGGUGACACGAAAGCCAGCGUAUCUGUAAAAAUCACGUCAUGCUACUUUAGCAAGAACUACAUUUAGUUCCAGUGGCAGAGGGAGUAGUUAACAUGUUACUUUAGCAAGAACUGCAUUUAUAUUCAAGUCAACGUCGUGGACUAAAGAA